GGGUAGCGGUGGUGCCUGGUCUCCCAGCUUCGGAGGUCGCCGGGGCGAGGAGGAUGCCGCAGUUGCAGCCCGAGCCACCGAGCCUGGCCUCCGAGUUCCCCGACCCCCGCAGCGGCGGAGAGGCUCAGAGCGUGGCACUGGCCGGGCGGAGCUAGAGGCGGGCGUCUACCCCGCGUCGCGCCACCCGCAGCUCUCCGCCUCCGGCCGGGCCCGAGAGCCUGUGUAGGCGGAUGCCCUGACCGCAGGCGCAGCUGCGAGGUUGGCCCGGCGCCGCCGCUCGCGGGGAGAGGCCUGAGGAGUCCCGGGGGUGGCCGCGUCCACCAGCUUCAGACGCCGGUCCCCGGGAGCGCUCGCCCCUGCGCUCCUUCUUCCUGGCCCAGCUCUUCCUUAGCAGACGUUCCCCCCACGACCCCUCCUUCCCCCGACCUAGAGGAUGCGUUCCCCUGCGCGGAGCAUCAGAGGCCACCACUCCCAGAAAUGCGUGCGCCCGAUCCCCAUCUCCCGGACCCGAGGAGCCGGCGCCCCCGCCCUGUAGGGUUAUGACUCAUUGAUUAAAAAGAAGAACUUUGCCAAGUACUUUGCACUUUUGGCUGCAUAUUAUGGAUACCAAGGAAGAGAAGAAGGAACGGAAACAAAGUUAUUUUGCUCGCUUGAAAAAGAAAAAACAAGCCAAACAAAAUGCAGAGACAGCCUCAGCUACAGCUACAAGGACUCAUACUGGAAAAGGAGAUGUUAAUACAGUCAUUUUAGAACAAGACAAGUGCAACAUUGCUGUGGAAGAGGAACAUAUUACUGAUGAGAAAAAAAAGAGAAAAAAUCAGUUAAAGGAGAUCAGACGUACAGAACUAAAGAGAUAUUAUAGUAUUGAUGACAAUCAAAACAAAACACAUGAUAAAAAGGAGAAGAAGAUGGUGGUUCAGAAGCCCCAUGGUACUGUGGAAUACACUGCUGGAAGCCAGGACACUCUGAACUCCAUAGCACUGAAGUUUAACAUCACUCCCAAUAAAUUAGUGGAACUAAAUAAACUUUUCACACAUACUAUUGUUCCAGGCCAGGUACUUUUUGUGCCAGAUGCCAACUUUCCUUCUAGUACCUUCAGAUUAUCAUCAUCCAGUCCUGGUGCUACUGUCUCUCCUUCAUCAUCAGAUGCAGAAUAUGAUAAACUCCCUGAUGCUGACUUAGCAAGAAAGGCCAUAAAACCCAUUGAAAGAGUCCUGUCAUCUACUUCUGAAGAAGACGAGCCAGGGGUGGUGAAAUUUUUAAAAAUGAACUGCCGAUACUUCACCGAUGGAAAGGGUGUGGUCGGAGGUGUCAUGAUUGUCACUCCUAACAACAUCAUGUUUGACCCUCACAAGUCUGACCCCCUGGUCAUUGAAAACGGGUGUGAGGAGUACGGCCUCAUCUGCCCCAUGGAAGAGGUGGUUUCCAUUGCCCUCUACAAUGACAUUUCCCACAUGAAGAUCAAAGAUGCCUUGCCAUCUGACCUACCUCAGGAUCUUUGUCCUCUGUACAGGCCUGGAGAAUGGGAAGACCUGGCUUCAGAAAAGGAUAUCAACCCGUUUAGUAAGUUCAAAUCUCUCAGCAAGGACAAACGUCAGCAGAGUGAAGAGAGAGCUAUCACUUCAGAUUCCAAAUCAACAAGACCUUUGGAGAAAUCAACAGAACACACACAUAAAAAGCCAUUAGACAGUUUGCUGUCAGGAAAGUUGAAGAACAUGGAAUCCUCUGUGGAGGCAACCAGUGGGUCUGCCACAGUACCUGAGGUCAGCAAGGGACCUCCUGACACUCACACUGCAUUUAAAUCUAUAGCCAAAGAAAAUCCUCUUUUAGGAGGAGAAGAUGACUUCACUGACUUGGAAGAACUUCCUUCUCAAAAUGAUAGUGGAAUGGACAAAAGAGACAUCUCAAAGGAGUGCCUUUCUCUUGACCCAGAGGAGCAAAGGAAGGCUAAGUCCCAAAUAAUCAGUUCUGCUAUGGAAAUGCAGGAGCAGUCAGCCCUGAACUUCUCAAGAAUAGAGAGUGAUGCCGAACUGAAGGGGGCCCUAGACUUGGAAACCUGUGAGAAGCAAGAUAAAGCCCCGGAGGUGGACAAGCAGUCUGGUUCUCCAGAAAGCCAGAUGGAAAGCACACUGAGCAUACAUGAGGAUCUAGAUAAAGUUAAACUUAUUGAAUACUAUCUUAAUAAGAACAAAGAAGGGUCACAGGUAUCUGAUAACUUGCAGAAGGCAGAAUUAAGUGAUGGCAAAAGUAUGGAGCCAGGGGGAAUAGACAUCACCCUUAGUAGUUCUCUCCCUCAGGCUGGGGAGCCCCCAGCUGAGGGCAAUAAAGACCCAGAUAAAAACUGGGUGAGAGAGAAGGCACCCCAUCCACUGCAGCUGGGCUCUUCUACUGAAGAAAAUAUGAGUAAAGAGUCUCUAGGCAACUCUUUGGAAUCUACUCUGGACAAUAGCUGCCAAGGCGCACAAGUGGAUAAUAAAUCUGAAAUCCAGUUAUGGCUGUUAAAGAGAAUUCAGGUACCCAUUGAAGAUAUACUUCCUUCAAAAGAAGAGAAAAGCAAGACUCCACCCAUGUUUCUGUGCAUUAAAGUUGGAAAACCAAUGAGGAAAUCCUUUGCCACGCACACUGCAGCCAUGGCCCAGCAGUACGGCAAGCGGAGGAAGCAGCCGGAGUACUGGUUUGCUGUCCCUCGGGAGAGGGUGGAUCACUUGUACACAUUCUUUGUUCAGUGGUCUCCUGACGUCUAUGGGAAAGAUGCCAAAGAGCAAGGCUUUGUGGUGGUGGAAAAGGAAGAACUGAAUAUGAUCGACAACUUCUUCAGUGAGCCAACCACCAAGAGCUGGGAGGCAGCUCUCACCGGAUCACGGAUCACGAUGAGAGUCCGAAGACUGCCCUUGGACAUUCAGAUUUUCUAUUGUGCCAGACCUAACCAAGAACCUUUUGUCAAGAUCAUCACGGUCGAGGAGGCAAAGCGCAGGAAGAGCACGUGCAGCUACUAUGAAGACGAUGACGAGACAGCCCUGCCGACCCUGCAGCCCCACAGCGCGCUCCUGGAGAACAUGCACAUCGAGCAGCUGGCCCGACGCCUUCCAGCAAGGGUACAAGGGUACCCAUGGAGACUCGCGUACAGCACAUUGGAGCAUGGGACCAGCUUGAAAACUCUCUAUCGGAAGUCAGCAUCGCUAGACAGCCCUGUCCUAUUGGUCAUCAAAGAUAUGGAUAAUCAGAUUUUUGGAGCAUAUGCCACCCAUCCGUUCAAGUUCAGUGACCACUAUUAUGGCACAGGCGAAACUUUUCUCUACACGUUUAGCCCCAAUUUCAAGGUCUUCAAGUGGAGUGGAGAGAACUCAUACUUUAUCAAUGGAGACAUAAGUUCUUUAGAACUUGGUGGUGGAGGGGGACGAUUCGGUUUAUGGCUAGAUGCUGAUUUAUACCAUGGACGAAGCAAUUCCUGCAGCACUUUCAAUAACGAUAUUCUUUCCAAAAAAGAAGACUUCAUAGUUCAGGACCUCGAGGUAUGGACAUUCGAGUGAAACUCAGGCUGCCUUAACAUACAAUAAAAAGACUGGGUUUGAUCAGCCCCGCUAAAGCUGGCUGGAAGACGAAGCGCCCGCCUAGACUGCCUCAUGCCGCCAUGAUGCUUGCUUUCUGCCGUCAUCGCAGAGCAUGAUCCCAUUGCAGAGCGAGCCUGAGGGGCGCGUGUGGAGGGCAGACACUGACCAGAGAGGUUGAAAGUCCAGAUGGUUGAAAGACUUUGUACUCCCACUUUCUUCAAAUCCAUGCAGUGAGGAAUCAGAGUAUUUAUAGAUGUAUGAGUCGAAUGCAAUUUUUAUUUUUGGUAACUGUGAAAAAAAAAAGAUACUGUGGAAAUAUAUACAUGCCUUGUGUAUUUAUCAACAUAAUUUUCAUUACCAAAAUGUACAGCAUACUAUUGUUUGCCAUGGAAAAGGUUAGUCUCAUUUAGAAAAAUUGAAAGUGCAUAGCACUUAAAGGGAUAUGUAUAUGAUUUUUUUAAAACUUUUAUUUAUUAUUUCUAGUAUAUUGUCUGAAAUGUGUUGCCAGUUUUUUUUCUCUUAAUGUGUCAAAUCUUGAAAUAAAGAAAUGUGCUGUUUGGCAACAAUUCCAUUUGAUUUAUACAGUUUUAUAUUGAGCUUUUUUUGCCCUGAUUGUUUAGGGUGAUAGAUCUUAAAUUGUGUGUGUGUGUGUGUGUGUGUGUGUAUGUAUAUAUGCUUACAUACACACACAUAUAUAUGCUUAAUUGUGAAUUUUAAAAACUCAUCACCAAUGUUCAUUGAUUUGACUAUUGUAGGCCAGCUCUCCAUUUAGUCAUUAAAAAGGUACAUUUUUAGUUACUUAUUCUGAACACAGUUGUGUAAAGAAGAAAAAGCCAUUUCUCAUAGUUACAGCUUGAUAUUUAUAGAACUGGAUACCUUUAUGAACAUAGACUAGAACAAACCCUGCUUUUGAAAUGAAAAUGUUUUGUUUCUUAUAAACUCAUUUAUUAGUAACAAAAACUUUAUUUUCAUAGUGUUUCUGCAUAAUUUCCCCCAAGUUUUUACACUAACAAACAAGCCUCUGUUUUUAAAGAGACUGCUUUGUAUCGAAGGAAAAAUAUCCAAUUAACCCAAUUGCCUUGGUUUCUAGACUCUUCUAUUUGAGAAAAAACAAUGCAAAGAUGCAUUCACACCAGAAUUGGAACAAAAAGUAAAACCUAUUUUUUAACAUCAAUCCAUUUUCACAUCACAAAACACUUUUAUUAAAUAUAAUAAUAAAACCUUACUAAAAAGUUAACCAAUAUUAUUGAUUGCCAGAAUAUUAUGAAAGCCAAAGACUGCUAAUGGAAAAAAUUUUCAAAUAAUAGCCAAAGCUGAGAAGUGAUCUGUCAUAAAUUAUACCCCCAGUGACCUUGGAAAGAAAAAAAUUAAUAACAAAAGUAGUAUUUAUGUAAUUGCAUUUAGAAAAAUAAUACACUUCUUUAAGCCUUAAGCUGGCAGAAUAUUUUCUUGAGAUUAUUCUCUUAUUUUAGACUCUUCAUAAAGGAGAACAAACAAAUUGCCAAGUGGCCUUUUGUCAGAUCAACAGUUAUUUUACUCCACUUACAUUCCAUGCAAGUUUAAAUGAAUGCUGUAACGUCUGAAGUCUGUAGCCUGGAUGUGCUUUCCCCUGAGUUUUUCUAUUGAAAAUUCUUGAUGAACAACAUACUGGCAGUUUAACCCUAAUGUGCUCAUUAAAUAAUGUGUUGGUGUGAGGUAUCAGGAAUGUCUCAUGAUGAUCACGUUUACCGGUUACGCCAUUUGCAACCAUAUGCUAUUAACAAAACAGUCAUUUUGCAUAUAACUCACUCUUACCUAGUUUAGUCCAUGAUAUUAUACGUACUUGUGAGAGCAUAUCCAGAUGCUGUGUUCUCUAUUUAAAACAGUAUUGUCCAAUUCGAAAUGUGCGGGCCUUCAUUUAUGGAUACCGAAUAUAUGUAAUGCAGUGCUAGCCCAAUAUUUUCAAUAAAGGAAUUUAUGCAUUCAGUG